CUUUUCUUUCUUCCUCUCACGACGACAUCUACUUCUCCGUCGUCUGAGUUCUCUGUCACAGCCAUCGUCGUCAAGACCUCUGCCACAGCCGCCGUCGACAACUCCUCUGUCACAACUGCCGUCGACAACUCCUCCUUCACAGCCGUGGUCGACACCUCCUCCUCAAGUCGCAAUCGGCUUUGAUUUGGGUAGGAGAUGAAUCCCAAUUUCAACUGUACGGUUUCUUCUUCGGAUAUAAGAAAGUAUCCUCGUCGUUUGUAUGAGGUUGGGAAAACCCCAGUUCAGAGUAGGAGCAUGAACCAUAGUUGUUAUCUCUCCAACAUUCAAACCGUGAGAGAAGAACUUGGGGAAGAUGUUUGGUCUGAGUUGAGGGAAUCAGCUAUUGGAGUUAUUGUGAAGCUGAAAGAGCUGCCUUAUAUUUGGUCUGCGAAAGUUGUUCACCAUUUUCUUGCCAAUCAAUUGGCAAUUGAGAGCAGUCAUGAGAUUUGGUCUUUGAUAGAUGAUUUUAUGCCAUUGCGUUUCUCUUUGUAUGAGUUUGGAGAGAUUACAGGUCUGAAUUGUGAUCCUUUCGACAAGCAUGACGUUUGGGAUGUUGACCAUCAAGAGUUUUGGCUGGAGAUGAACAUUCCGACAUCAGAUGGACCUACAUUGCUAGAGUUGCAAGCCAUAUUGCCGAUUUGCAGAAACUGGCCUCGAGAGAAGCGAGUGAUGAUUGGUUUGUUGUGUCUGCUAUCCAUUGGAAUAUUUGGCAUUUCAAGCAACAGCAGAAUUCCUUUGCAUUGUGCUAAAAGGGUGAUGGACACUGCAGCUUUCCAGCGAUAUCCAUGGGGCCGUAUUGGAUUUAGCAGCCUUGUCGAUUCCAUUAAAGUACUCACAUAUGAAGCAGAGAAGAGUUACACACUUCACGGCUGUGUUCAUGUGCUGUUAAUAUGGGUUUAUGAGUCUGUCCCUGGUUUAGGAGAAAUAUAUGGGAAUCGGAUUGAUGGAGCUGAUGUUCCUCUUCUGUCAUGGAAGGGAUCUCGUACGCGUAUAAAUUUUUCAGAUUUUUGUGCCCAAGAAAAGAGAAAAUAUCCAAAGGUUCGUGUGAGGCAUAUGAUUAUGAAGCCAGUGGAGGAUAUAUAUCCGAAGUGGGACAAUGAUAAAAUCUAUACUGAUCUGGACAACAUGAUAAAAGACAUCCUUAAUGGUCAGCUAAAUGAGAAGUUUUGGGAUGCAGUGCCCACUACCAAAUGCCAGAAGAGAAAAAAUGGUGUUGCCGCAUCUGUUGUUCCAAACCAGAGGCCUUCUACUAUGCGAAGAAAAGACAAAGAACCUGCUGAUGGAAGUGAAGCAUCUGAUAUGGUAUGUACAAAAUGUUCUUGUAGUUAGUAAUAGAAAAAUGUCUUUUUUUUAAUUUAUUUUGUUAAUGACAUGCGGUGAUUGCGGUGUGUACUCUUUGAUGUACAUUGAAUGUCUAGCUCUUGGACGUAACUUUGAUGGCUUGAAUGAUCAAUAACACAAUUGCACUUGAAGUUGGCAGGAGAUAUUUAUGAGGAGGUGACUAAGACAGCCGAAUAGUUUGGUUUCUAGCUUUAGAGAUGUAACUUGAUGUUUUUUUGGUUUUAGACGGAUGUAUAACUUGAUGGUUUUUGGCUUUAGCGGAUGUAUAACUUGAUGGUUUUUGGCUUUGCGUUUAUGAGGAUGUGUUUUGUUUAAAGUAAAAUCUAAUAUACUAUAAAACCAUGAGGUGGUUCUUUACUCGGGAAUGUAAAGCAUAAUCAACUUAUUUUCUAGAAAAUAAAAUGGCAAAGGGACACCAAGGCAAAUGCUUUGGAUUCGUCCUCUUACUAUGCUUCUUCAGUUCAACUUUCGCACGCAGGAUUCUUAAGGAUCUAGACCAUGGUUAAAUAGUUCUGAUAUAUUUUUUAAAAAAACUUAAUAGGAAAUGAACUAAAUAGUAAUGAAACACCAAAAGAGUAUACCAAGAAACUAAAUAGAAUACUCAUCACUUAAGAGGACAUGUUGUAGAAUUGUGUCCCACAUGGUUACAAAUUCUACAUGUGUGUUCCUUCCUUGGCCGCUUCUUGUCUGCAACUUUCUCCAAAAUAGAUUUAUGUCUUGAUUUUUUGGGUCUUCCCGGUGGUUGGCGGACAUCAGGCGGCAAACAGAUCCUCUUUGCAACUUCUUCUGGAAUUGGAACAUCAGCUGCAUUGGGCAUAACAGGAGUGAAAUAUGCAUUGUAAAGGUACUGCGUCCGAUAGUACUUGUGACAAAGUGAUAUACGUGAUAUCUUUCUAGCUUCCGCAGCAGCUAUAGCAUGAGCACAUGGUAGCUUCUCCAAAUCAAAUCUACGGCAAGAACAUGUUUUUUCUGUAAGGUUUACAACAUGUAAAGAUGAGACUCCCAUCACUUGUGACUGAUGAAUGUCGAUAGCUUGAACCUUUAAUAGAUUAGCAAUAGGUAUACGGCCCUGAAAAUGGUAAAGUAUUGUUAUUAGAAACCAGUCUACCGAAAUAAAAAAAUUGAUUAUAUAUUACCUCCAACAACUUCUCCACACCACGAGUCAGAGAAGUUUUCAUCAAGUCAGCAUCAUGUUUUCUUGUUGCAAACCAACGUGUCAUCAUUAAUCAGAUAGACUCUAAAAGGCGAACAAUUGGCAAGCUUCUCACAUCUGACAAAGCUCUGUUUAUGGAUUCAGCUAUGUUACUUGUAAGGAUGUUAUAUCUAUCACCUCUAAAAUGCGCUCGAGCCCACUUACACACAUCAGCACGUUCCAAAUAUGCAUGUAAAUCUGGAUUUAACCCUUUAAUCGUCUCGAAGCUUGCUUCAAAGUCAGCUAACCUAAAAGAGUACGCAGCUUUUUUGACCAAACCAAACAGAUCACGUCCUCUGUACCGUAAUAAGAUGUUCUUAUAUAAGUGGUACGUGCAAAUUCCCGUGCUAGCCAACGGAUAGACCACUGAAAUUGCCUUCCUUAUUGACUUGUGCCUGUCAGAAAUUAAUGCCAAUCCUUCAUCAUCGGGUAUCACACGGCUGAGUUGACGGAAGAACCAUGUCCAUGAUUCAUCAUUCUCUGUGUCAACCACAGCAAAUGCUAUUGGAAAUAUCUGAAAAUUACCAUCCUGUGAUGUUGCAAUGAGAAGCGUUCCUUUGUAUUUUCCUUGCAAGAAAGUACCAUCAACCACCACAACCUUUCUCAUAAAUGGGAAGCCAGUAAUGCUAGCGCUGAAUGCAAGGAAUAAGUACUUAAAUCUAUUGUUUGCAUCAACUUCCAGUCGAGCUAAGGUCCCAGGAUUUACCAUUCUAAUCUUGUGCAGGUAAGAAGGUAACUCCUCAUAUCCAUUCUCCGAUGAACCCAUUACGAGAUCUCUAGCAACUAUAAGUGUACGAUGAGAUUUCCAGUAAUCCAUCUGCGAUAUACAAUAAACAGCACCAAGGUCAAAAACAAGUAAGGUCAGAUAAGACAUUAGAUUCAAUGUAAAAAGCGUAGUCAACAAACCUUGAUUCCGAAGCUCAUGUUCAUAGCACUCUCAACAUGACGUGGUAAAGUAGUUCGAUCAACCCCACCAAUAUAGUCUUUGUACAAGAGGCCAAGAAUUUCAGGAGUAGCUUGUCGAGAACGAGACGAACGCUCUGUUACUGAGCAGGAAUGUUCAUCUACAUAUACUCGGAUUGUGAACCUUGAAGAUUCACCUACUGGUGUAGCUCUAAGCUUCCACGUACAUCCUUUUACCCAACAUUUUACAAACCACAGCGUAGGGGUAGAUUUAUCCACAUCAAAAUCGAAUUUGUGGACGACUGAACAGAUCUUCAGACGUGUAGCCAAUGCAUCUUUUGAAUCAAAACUCUGCCCCACUUCCAGUUUGAAAGAGCUCAAGUCGAACCUAUUAUGCGUACAAUCUCCUUUUGGUGUCUUUAGGACUGUCGCUGAACUCAUCUUUGUAGGAGAUCCCUGACUCUCUUGUACUUGGUCUGGCGGAAACCCAUAUGAGGUAAAGUUUUCGUCAUGAGACGUUGCUCCAUCAGAAUCGUUGCAGUAAUCAAAUCGAUCAUUGUCUUCAUCUGAAUCUUCAUCCUCUGCCAACAAUGGGUCAUCUUUUUGCAGGAAUUCUUCUGGUUCUUUGCUAGCUUCUUCAACCUCUUUUUUCUUCAGUUUAAACUCUACACAGAGUCUAACGUUUUCGACUUUGUGAAGACACAAAAAUACAUGAAAUUGCCUAUCGUUUCUUACUUUCACAGGAGGGGUAUCGAGGUUUUCCUUGACCAGUUUAGGUUUUGGCAAAACGUACGUUAGCUCCAACUCGUGUUCUGCGAAAUCAACUUCAUAAUCCUCAUAUAUGGUUUUCACAAAAUCUUCAUAUCUAGUUUCCUCGUUAGCUGCAAGUAAUUUACUACCUUGAUCAUUAUCCACUUCAAAUAACCAUUUUUUUCUUUCAAAUUUCCACUUUCCACAGACCAGAAUGAUGUGAUCCAUGUUUCUCCAACCAAUAAGGAUUGCAACAAGUGUUUAAAAUAGAAUGAAAAGAAACAACUUGAAAAGGAAGAGAAGAGGGAUGAAAGAGAUGACGACAAGUACAAAAUUUUCUCUAAUUCUGAGUUUAAUUAACCUAAAAACUAAACCAGAUUCGGAAUUAUUAGUAAACCGGGUCGAAAUUAAAAUUGUUGUUCAUAAACCCAGAUUUUCGUUAAUAAAUCUGCCGCAACAUAAACAAAAAGUCUGCUAUCAC